AUGGCACCGGAGCCUGAGGAUGAGAUCAAGGACGAGAAAAACCCUAGGCCGCUCGACGAAGACGAUAUCGCCCUCCUCAAGACCUAUGGCUUGGGACCUUACUCGACAAGCAUAAAGAAAGUUGAGAAGGAAAUCAAGGAGAUGGCAAAGAAGAUCAAUGAUUUAUGUGGUAUCAAGGAGUCUGAUACUGGUUUAGCAGCACCCAGUCAAUGGGAUCUUGUUUCAGAUAAGCAAAUGAUGCAGGAAGAGCAACCUCUUCAGGUUGCACGAUGUACAAAGAUAAUCAGUCCCAACACUGAGGAUGCUAAGUAUGUUAUAAAUGUUAAGCAAAUUGCAAAGUUUGUUGUUGGAUUGGGCGAUAAAGUUUCCCCUACUGAUAUUGAAGAAGGCAUGCGUGUCGGUGUGGACAGAAACAAAUAUCAAAUCCAGAUUCCUUUGCCUCCAAAAAUUGAUCCUAGUGUCACAAUGAUGACUGUUGAGGAAAAACCUGAUGUCACCUAUAAUGAUGUCGGAGGAUGCAAGGAGCAGAUUGAAAAGAUGCGAGAGGUUGUUGAGCUUCCCAUGCUUCACCCUGAGAAAUUUGUGAAGCUGGGGAUUGAUCCGCCGAAGGGGGUCCUAUGUUAUGGCCCACCUGGCACUGGCAAAACCCUACUAGCCCGAGCCGUGGCUAAUCGAACGGAUGCUUGCUUUAUUCGUGUUAUUGGUAGCGAACUUGUUCAGAAAUAUGUUGGUGAGGGUGCACGUAUGGUUCGUGAACUGUUUCAGAUGGCGCGCUCUAAGAAAGCUUGCAUUGUAUUUUUUGAUGAAGUGGAUGCCAUUGGAGGCGCAAGGUUUGAUGAUGGUGUGGGUGGAGACAAUGAAGUUCAACGUACUAUGCUUGAGAUUGUGAACCAGCUCGAUGGAUUUGAUGCUCGUGGAAAUAUUAAAGUACUCAUGGCUACCAAUAGACCCGAUACCCUCGAUCCGGCACUUCUACGUCCUGGACGGCUAGAUCGCAAGGUAGAGUUUGGACUGCCUGACUUGGAAAGUAGGACUCAGAUUUUCAAGAUUCACACACGAACCAUGAAUUGCGAGAGGGAUAUCCGGUUUGAACUCCUUGCUCGGCUUUGCCCGAAUUCUACUGGUGCCGAUAUAAGAAGCGUUUGCACAGAAGCUGGAAUGUAUGCCAUCAGAGCAAGAAGGAAAACGGUCACAGAGAAAGACUUUCUUGAUGCGGUCAAUAAAGUCAUCAAAGGCUACCAAAAAUUCAGUGCCACGCCAAAGUAUAUGGUUUACAACUAA